AUGUCUGGUUCCACAUCCAAUGCUGGUAUGCUGGUGCUGCCCGGGCCUCAGGCUCUUUCAAGCUUCAGAGUCGCAAAUCUCAGAAACGAUAUCAACAAGUUUGUGAAUUCCUCGGUAGUCACCUCCAUCAAGUCUUGUUAUGUGCAUUACGUGCACAUAGAUGACAAGUCCAAGGGCGUCUCUGACGAUAUUUUGGACAAGUUGAAAGUGCUACUUCGUUAUGACAACGAGCUGGAUGUUUCUGACGAACAAAACGCCAGAUUGGUGAAGCUGGUGCAAGAUGCUGCUGAGACCACAGAGCUUGGUGCAGACGAAUAUCUUGUGAGAAUCCUUCCCCGUUCUGGUACGAUAUCGCCGUGGUCUUCAAAGGCCACCAACAUCGUUGAGGUGUGUGGUCUUUCCGAACAUGUUGGCAGAGUUGAAAGGGGAUUGGCUGUUUUAAUCUCAGUCAGACCCGGGUUCCCAUUCCUGGAGUAUCUCGAAAAGGACUACUUUGCCAGUCUGGUUUCGGUCUAUGACAGAAUGACCCAGACGGUGUUCUUGAACAGACAUGCUCCUCAGUUUAACGAUUUGUUCGAGGAACAUGAGCCAAAGCCCCUGGUGUUUGUGGACCUGCUCUCUUCCAAGAACAACCUGGUCGAUGCCAAUAAGACCCUGGGUCUUGCUCUGGACAAGGGCGAGAUCGACUACCUUGUUGAUGCUUUCAAGGGCCAAUUGGGCAGAAACCCCACCGAUGUUGAGCUUUUCAUGUUCGCCCAAGUCAACUCCGAGCACUGCAGACACAAAAUCUUCAAUGCGGAUUGGACCAUAGAUGGCGAUAAGAAGGACCUUUCUCUGUUCAAGAUGAUCAGAAACACAGACAAGGUCACACCACAAUACACCAUCAGUGCCUAUAGUGACAAUGCUGCGAUUUACCAGGGAAACGAAGCCUAUUUCUACGCCCCAGACUACAAAAACGGGAAGGUCUGGUCCUCCAAGAAAGAGGUCGUCCACACUUUGAUUAAGGUGGAGACCCAUAACCACCCCACUGCCGUUUCGCCCUUCCCCGGUGCUGCCACCGGUUCUGGUGGUGAGAUCAGAGACGAAGGUGCCGUUGGAAGAGGUUCCAAGUCCAAGUGUGGUCUCUCUGGAUUCAGUGUUUCGGAUCUGUUGAUCCCAGACUUGAAACAACCUUGGGAACUCGAUGUUGGAAAGCCAGGCCACAUUGCGUCUGCUUUAGACAUCAUGAUCGAGGCUCCUCUUGGUUCUGCUGCUUUCAACAACGAGUUCGGCAGGCCGUGUAUCAACGGCUACUUCAGAACCCUGACUACGAAAGUGACCAACGCCGACUCCAAAGAAGAGCUCAGAGGUUUCCACAAGCCAAUCAUGCUUGCUGGUGGAAUGGGAGCUGUUAGACCUCAAUUGGCCCUCAAGACGGACUUCAAGAUCACUCCUGGCUCGGCCAUCAUCGUCCUCGGAGGACAGUCCAUGUUGAUUGGUCUCGGAGGAGGUGCCGCUUCUUCAGUGGCUUCUGGUGAAGGUUCUGCUGAUUUGGACUUUGCUUCUGUUCAAAGAGGUAACCCAGAAAUGCAGAGAAGAGCCCAGCAGGUUAUCGACUCGUGUACUUCCCUCGGCUUAAGUAAUCCGAUUCAGUGCAUACACGACGUUGGGGCAGGUGGUUUGUCCAACGCCCUUCCUGAACUUGUCCAUGACAACGAUUUGGGAGCCAAGUUCGAGCUCAGAGAUAUUCUCAGUCUCGAGCCUGGUAUGUCUCCUAUGGAGAUUUGGUGUAAUGAGUCUCAAGAGCGUUAUGUUCUUGGUGUUGCCCAACAGGACCUGGAACUUUUCAGAGAAAUCUGUGAAAGAGAGCGUGCUCCAUAUGCGGUUGUUGGGACUGCAACUUCUCAACAGAGAUUGGUUCUGACCGACAAACUCAUGAACACCACUCCGAUUGAUCUGGAGAUGAGCGUAUUGUUCGGAAAACCACCCAAGAUGUCUCGUUCGGAUGUUUCCAGACCACUGAAGUUGACCCCAUUCACCUCACAAGGUCUGGAGUUCUCUGAGGCCCUCGAGAGAGUCUUGCAACUUCCUGCUGUGGGCUCAAAGUCUUUCCUAAUCACAAUUGGUGACAGAACUGUCACUGGUCUGAUCGACAGAGACCAGAUGGUUGGCCCAUGGCAGGUGCCUGUUGCCGAUGUUGGUGUCACUGCCACCUCUCUGGGUGAAAGUGUCGUCACCACCGGUGAGGCCUUGGCUAUGGGAGAAAAACCAACCAUUGCCCUAAUUUCUCCUGCUGCUUCUGCCAAGAUGUGUGUUGCUGAGUCUCUCAUGAAUUUGUUUGCGGCUGACGUCAAGUGCUUGGACAUCGUCAAGCUCUCAGCCAACUGGAUGGCGCCUGCUACUCAACCCGGUGAAGGUGCUGCUCUGUAUGAGGCUGUUCAGGCUAUUGGUCUGGAUCUGUGUCCAGCUCUGGGAAUUUCCAUCCCAGUUGGUAAGGACUCCAUGUCCAUGAAGAUGAAGUGGGAAGACAAAGAGGUAAUUGCACCAAUGUCGUUGGUGAUCACUGCCUUUGCCAGUGUCAAUUCAACCCUCAGUACUUGGACCCCUGUGCUUCAAAAUAAGGAGGACACUGUGUUGGUCCUGGUGGACUUGGCUUCUGCGGUCACCAAGUCUCUGGGUGGCUCUGCGCUUGCCCAGGUUUACAACCAACUGGGCAACGAUUGUCCUACCGUCCAUGACUCUGCCAUUUUCAAAGCUUAUCUCAAGUCGGUGAUGGCUCUUCACGACGGCUUUGACGUCUUGGCCUACCACGACAGAUCCGAGGGAGGUUUGAUCACCACCUUGCUGGAGAUGUCUUUUGCCGCUAGAUGCGGUCUCAAGAUCAACGUCAACUCCGAUUCUGAAGAUGUGUUCACCAGCUUUUUCAACGAAGAGCUUGGUGCUGUUUUCCAGAUCAAGCUUGCCGAGUUGGACGCUUUCACCGAGGUGUUUGCUAACAACGGAGUUCCAAAGGAGUUCAUCUCCACUGUGGGAACCCCUGUUUUCGACAAGGAGCAGAACAUUACUCUUUCUCACAACUGGACUCCAUUUUAUUCUGGCGAAAGAGGAAGGCUCCAGCAGCUGUGGACUACGACCUCGUAUCAUAUACAGAGACUCAGAGACAACCCCCAAGCUGCCGACCAGGAGUUCCAGUCUAUUCUGGAUAACCAGGAUCCAGGUCUUACUUACAAGCUCACUUUCGAUGCUUCGGAUGACUUGGGCGUUUCCAGUCUUUCUCCAAAGCCCAAGGUGGCCAUUCUGAGAGAGCAGGGUGUUAACGGUCAACAGGAGAUGGCUUGGUGUUUCCAACAGGCUGGCUUCGAGUCUGUGGAUGUUCACAUGACUGACAUAAUCAGUGGUCGGGUUACUCUUGACGACUUUGUUGGUGUAGCAGCCUGUGGUGGGUUUUCUUACGGAGACGUACUCGGAGCCGGUAAUGGAUGGGCCACUUCUGUGCUCUACAACGAGAGGGCCAGAGCUGAGUUCAGCAAAUUCUUCCAGGAAAGAGAAGAUACCUUUGCAUUUGGUGCCUGUAACGGAUGUCAAUUCCUGUCCAAGAUCAAGGCAUUGAUUCCUGGUACUGAAGACUGGCCUUCGUUCGAGAGGAACAAGUCUGAGCAGUACGAGGCCAGAGUUUGUACUUUGGAGGUUUCCGAAGACAACACUGAUGCUCCAAAGAACAUCUUCCUGUCGGGAAUGAGAGGUUCUAGAUUGCCUAUCGCCGUUGCCCAUGGAGAAGGAAGAGCAAACUUUACGUCUGAUGCCCAGUUGGCCAGUUUCGUCAGCAAGGGCUUGACUGCAGCCAGAUAUGUUGACAAUUACGGAUUGCCAACGGAGAAGUACCCAUUGAACCCUAACGGGUCUCCAAACGGUAUUGCCGGAAUUAGAACUCCAAACGGCAGAGUUCUGGCUAUGAUGCCCCAUCCAGAGAGAGUGGUGCGCAAGGGCGCCAACUCGUACUACCCUCUUGACGAAUCAGAUUCCUGGGGUGAGUACGGACCAUGGAUCAGACUGUUCAGAAACGCCAGAAAAUGGGUUGCUGAGAACGAUAAAUAG